AUGUCUGAUGGCACGAUUAGUAAAAUAUCAGUCAUAUCAAUCAGAUCACAAACCUUUUUUCAAAUGCAGAUCGAGUUGGUAACCAGGAUGGGUGCGGAAGACUGUGUCGAUACCUUUUCUACAAGUGAGACAAUAAAGGUGGUUCAGUGA